GUUCAGAAGGUAUUCGGUUAAACAAAAUAUGUGUUUAUUAGUCGUAAAAUAUAGUGGAUUAUUUAGGAAUUUAAAAUCUGCAGCAUUAAUAACAGCGUUCGUUUUAUUCAUAUUGUACUUACUACUCUUCCUAGCCAUUUGUUUCAGUUAUACCUGCAUUCCCAUCGAAAAUGUUUUUAUUAAGAAAUUCGAAAGGUACUUAGUAUUAGCAAUUGGAAUUUAUAUGAUAAUUCCAUUUGCUUUAUCGUCAAUCCUAAUAUUCGCAUUGUUAACGGAACACGUAAUUUGUAUGAAGAUAUGGCUAAGAGUAUUCACAGCAGUUACAACAAUUUACACCCUCGUAGUUUUAGGAGCGUCCAUCUAUUCAAUAGUAGAAGGAACUUUGCAUAUAGGAUUAACAGCAUUAAUUGCAACAUCAAUUUUAGCAAUUACAAACAGUCACGGCAUAAUGAUCGUAUUUUGUUUAUACAAGGAAUGUAUUUUACAAUCUAUAAGGGAACCAAAAUCAAAUAAUUCUAAUGUAUUCAUGAUAUUCAAAGAACAGGAAGGCUUCACAAGAGAUAGGUACCGCGAAGAGCAACAAAGUGAUCGUGAUAUAGAACCAUAUGCACCAACAAAUAGUAACCUAGAUGAAAUAUUGGAGUGUAAGGAUGCAGAUACUGUUGAUACGUCUUCGAUUUCUAAGGUUUUAAAUCCAAAUAAGUNNNUCAGAAUGAAACAUCAACAAAACUAUCCCGAGUUGAUUCAAUAUAUGGAGUGGAACUUAGAUCGAAAUAAAUCUUCAUUUGUGUAA